CCCGUUCAUUACAAUUGCUUUUUUGCUCUCUCUCUUCGAUAUCUCUCUCCCACUCCUCCUUCACCUUUCAAGGAGAGAGACCACUCUACUUCAUUCCCCUCCUAAUUCAUCUUCUUCUCCGGCGACGGCAAUCUUUCAUCAUUAACCGCCACCGGAAUCCUUAGGUCGAAGACUGUAUCUUCUCCCUAUAUCCAUUUAAUCUGAGAAGUUUCUGGAUGGCUCGCAAGAAGAAAAACACUGAUCCGCGUUCUAAACAAUCUCCGGUGGGUCAAGUAGUCGCCGUUGAUGGUCCAAGUGAAGCGAGCGCUGCCGGAAAGAGUUCAACAUCUAGUAGUCAGAACCAAAGUAGGAUCCAGCCGGUGGUUUUCAAGGAAUCGGAUGGCCUGUCCUACUCUGCAAUUAAACUUGAAUGCGAGAAGGCACUUACUGCGCUUCGACGCGGGAACCACACUAAGGCACUUAGGCUUAUGAAGGAGUUGAAUUCAAGAAAUGAGAACUCCGUUCACUCUGCACUGAUUCAUCGGGUUCAGGGUACUCUUUUUGUGAAAGUAGCGUCGAUUAUUGAUGACCCAAAUGCAAAGCAGCGGAAUUUGAAGAAUGCGAUUGAGUCUGCUCGUAAAGCAGUCCAGCUCUCACCAAACUCGAUUGAGUUUGCUCAUUUCUAUGCAAAUUUGCUUUACGAGGCUGCAAAUGAUGCAAAGGAGUACGAAGAGGUGAUGCAAGCGUGUGAGCGGGCCCUCGUAAUUGAAAAUCCAAUCGAUCCUGCGAAAGAAAGCUUGCAAGAAGAACAGAAUCAGAAAAUACCUACUGCAGAAGCACGAAUUGCACACGUUCAGACUGAAUUGAGGCAGUUAAUUCAAAAAUCAAAUAUAUACUCGAUAUCUUCUUGGAUGAAGAACUUGGGUAACGGGGAGGAAAAGUUAUUGAUUCCAAUUAGAAGAGUGACAGAGGACCCAAUGGAGGUGAGGAUGGUUCAGGCUAGAAGGGCAAACGAAAUAAAAAAAGCAACUAAAACGCCUGAAGAGCGAAGGAAGGAGAUUGAAGUUCGAGUUGCUGCUGCAAGGUUGUUGCAACAGAAGUCUGAGGCGCCUCAAAUGCAGAACGAAGGAGGUAAAGCUGAUCGGAUCUCGGAUGCCUCUUCAGGGUCUGGUACAAGAGUUGCUGAGCGACGGAAACAUGGCAAUGUGCGUAAACUUGACUCUUCAGCUGAAAGAAAGAAUUGGGUUCGUUCCUUUUGGAAUUCCAUGAGUACAGAAUCAAAGAAAAAUUUUCUUAAGAUCAAGAUUAGUGAUCUUGAGACUCAUUUUAAUUCUUCAAAGGAUGCCUCGGCAAAUGAAAUUAUUUCAGAAGCUUUGUCAUUCUAUGACACCAAUAAAACAUGGAAAUUUUGGGUUUGCUGCAGAUGUGAUAAGAAAUUUGUGGAUUCGGAAUCCCAUAUGCACCACGUGGUUCAGGAGCACUUAGGCAGCCUUUUGCCGAAAAUGCAAUCUAUUUUGCCACAUAAUGUUGAUAAUGAUUGGAGUGAAAUGCUUCUUAAUUGCUCUUGGAAACCUCUGGAUGUUUCAGCUACAGUCAAAAUGCUCACAGAUCAAACAAAAUGUGAUUCCGAGUUGGUUGGAGCAGCACAACAUCAUUCAGAAUGUGAUGAGUGUUUCAAAGAUGCAUGGGUUUCUUCUUCAGAGAAGCAUGAUUAUGUGAAUAGUUUAAAUGAAUUCAAUCUUUAUGAAAAAAUUAGCAACAGUGGGUAUCCAGUACCUGAUAGUUUUCCAGUAUCUGAUGACUCUGAGCGUGCAAAGCUUCUUGAGAAAAUUCAAGCUUUAUUUGAGUUACUUAUUAAACAUAAAUAUCUUGCUGCAAGCCAUCUAAACAAGGUUAUACAAUUUACAAUGGAUGAGUUACAUAGUCUUGUUUCUGGAUCUCAUCUUCUAAAGCAAGGUCUGGACCAAACUCCACAGUGUAUUUGCUUUCUAGGCACUUCUCAGCUUAGGAAAAUCCUCAAGUUUUUGCAAGAAUUAUCUCAGUCUUGUGGUGUAGGUAGAUACUCCGAUAGAACUACCGAUCAAAUUGAAGAUUCGAAAAUUGACAAACAAGCUAUUGAUGUUGAAGAGAAAAUUGUUCUCAAUGGAGAUGCGUCACUUCUCCUCCUCAAUGAGUGUUUGCUAUCAUUUGACAUCCAUGCCAGUGAUCAGAUUGCAACCACAGAUCAGAUGCCUCCUGCAAAUGAGGGUCAUUCUGACGUUGAUCCUUUUCUAUCCUGGAUAUACGCAGGUCCCUCUAGUGGGGAACAGUUAGCAUCAUGGGCACAGACCAAGGAAGAAAAGACACAGCGACGAAUGGAAAUUUUUCAAACUCUUGAGAAGGAAUUUUACCAACUGCAAAGCCUUUGUGAGAGAAAAUGUGAGCAUUUGAACUAUGAGGAAGCACUGCAGUCAGUGGAGGAUCUCUGCCUUGAAGAGGGCAAGAAGAGGGAAGCUAUAACUGAAUCUAUCCCCAAGAGUUAUGAGUCAGUGCUAAGGAAACGAAGAGAGGAGCUUAUCGAGGCUGAAAAUGACGCCAUGUAUAUCGGCAGUAGGUUUGAGUUAGAUGCUUUAACUAAUGUUUUGAAAGAAGCUGAAGCUUUGAAUGUUAAUCAGCUUGGAUAUGGGGAGACUUUUGCCAGUGUGCCUUCACAGUUAUAUGAUCUGGAAUCUGGUGAAGAUGAAGGUUGGAGGGCUAAUUUGCAUCAAGUUGAUACUUGUAUAGAAGUUGCAGUAAAGAGACAGAAGGAACAACUAUCUAUUGAGAUUAGCAAAAUUGAUGGACGCAUCAUGCGAAAUGUUACUGGAAUGCAACAGUUGGAACUUAAGCUCGAGUCUGUUUCAGCACAUGAUUAUCAAUCAAUAUUGUUGCCUCUUGUGAACUCAUACUUGAGGACACAUUUAGAAGAUUUGGCUGAAAAGGAUGUCACGAAGAAGUCUGAUGCUGCAAGAGAAGCAUUUUUAGCUGAACUGGCACGAGAUUCAAAAAAGGGUAUCAAAAGUGGAGGUGAUAACCCGAGACAUGCACAUGAAAAGCCGAAGGAAAAGAAAAGGAGCAAGGAGUUUAGGAAAGCCAAGGACUCUAAGGUGGUCAGUGUUCUUGAGCAGGAUUUGCUUCAUGAUGAGGCUAUCGAUGGAGGUCCUUUUCAAGUUCCUCCUGAUGGUGAUGCGGCAGAGGUGGGCAUUGCUGUUAUUGAGAAUUCGGAUGCUUUAAGGCUACAGGAGGAAGAGAUAAGACGCAAAAUUGAGCUGGAAGCAGAUGAAAGAAAGCUAGAAGAGACUUUGGAGUAUCAAAGACGAAUUGAGAAUGAGGCUAAACAAAAGCAUCUGGCUGAACUACAAAAGAAAUCUGCACAAACAAAUCUACAGAAGAAUGUUGCCAGUGUUGAGGGUGCUGAUGAGCAUUUAAAGCCUUCUAUGGUGGAUCAAUUGGCAGAAAAUGAAUCGAUUCCUGACUUGUCUAGGAAUUGUCCUGCAACGGCGAAUGCUUCUUCAGCAGGUGCAUCCAAUGUAGAAAUUCCAGGGAAUAGCCUGCCAUCUUCUGAUAGGAGGAAGGGGAGGAGAGGCAGACGACAUAAGGUUUCAAUGAAACCGGUAGAUGGAUAUCAACCUUCACAAUCUGAUAAGAAAAAUGUAGCCUUUGACAACCAAUUGAAUGAGCAAGUUAGGCAUCAUGACAAUCUCCUAGUAGAUAGUGUUCAUCCACUUUUUGAAGAUAAUAGUACAAAGACUUUGAGACAACAACAUGCAGAGGAUGAUGAGGAAAGAUUUCAAGCUGACCUUAAGAAGGCUGUACGCCAGAGCCUUGAUGCAUUUCAAGAACAGCAGAAAUUGCCCUCGAUUUCAAGUUCCAAGACACCAUUGAUCAGUUGCGGUGAAGUAGAUAGUAGUGAUCUUGCAUCAAAUGAAUUCAAUGUAGACAAUGUGCAGGGAGCAGAUAUUUAUGGUACAGGACUUAAGAAUGAAGUUGGUGAAUAUAAUUGCUUCCUGAAUGUGAUUAUUCAGUCCUUAUGGCAUUUAAGACGGUUUCGAGAAGAGUUCCUGAGAAGAUCUAUGACUGAGCAUGUUCAUGUUGGGGAUCCCUGUGUUGUCUGUGCAUUAUAUGAAAUCUUCACUGCCUUGAGCAUGGCAUCGGCAGAUGCUAGAAGAGAAGCAGUUGCCCCCACUUCUUUGAGAAUAGCACUAAGCACUCUUUGUCCAGAUAGUAAUUUUUUCCAAGAGGGCCAGAUGAAUGAUGCGUCUGAAGUGCUAGCAGUCAUAUUUGAUUGCUUACACCAGUCAUUGACUCCUAGUUCAAGCAUUUCUGAUACAGAAUCAGUAGAAAGCAAUUGCAUGGGGUCGUGGGACUGUGCAAGUGACACUUGUUUGGUACAUUCCAUCUUUGGCAUGGACAUUUUUGAACGAAUGAAUUGCUAUAGUUGUGGCCUGGAAUCUAGACAUCUGAAGUACACUUCCUUCUUUCACAAUAUAAAUGCCAGUGCCCUUCGAACAAUGAAGGUUAUGUGCACAGAAAGCUCCUUUGAUGAACUUCUAAAUGUUGUUGAAAUGAAUCAUCAGCUAGCUUGUGAUUUGGAUGUUGGUGGUUGUGGAAAGCUCAAUUACAUUCAUCACUUUCUCUCUGCACCACCACAUGUGUUUACAACAGUCUUGGGCUGGCAGAACACUUGUGAGAGCGCUGAUGACAUAACGGCGACAUUAGCUGCUCUGAGUACUGAGAUAGAUAUCAGUGUUCUUUAUCGGGGUCUAGAUCCAAAGAAUACUCAUAAUUUGGUAUCAGUGGUUUGCUAUUAUGGACAACACUAUCAUUGUUUUGCCUACAGUCACGAGAAGAAAUGCUGGUUAAAGUAUGAUGAUAGAACUGUUAAGGUAAUUGGCGGCUGGCCUGAUGUUCUUACCAUGUGCGAAAAAGGACAUUUGCAGCCUCAGGUUCUUUUCUUUGAAGCUGUAAAUUAGCGAUAUUGGAACUGUUUCAUUAGCCAUACUGGUGGGACGUGGUUUACAUUUGAUUUCUGCCUCGGCAAGUUGUUUAUAGGGAAGACUUGCCAUGUACAUCCACAGAAUUCAGACAGUGCGUGUAAUAUUGGUUUCAAAAGAAAAUUUUUGAUCGGAUCAUAGCAUAAAUCUCUGAGUUUUCUGAUACAAUCAACGAAUUUUUGGAGAAGAUCUGGUCCUCGAGGAGAAUAUUGUAAGUAAGAUAGGUUUUCUUCUAAAUUGAGGGAGCCAGAUGAUUGGAGAGCCAAAAGUUAGAUAGACCACCCAGGUUUCUGCCUCUGGAAUUCCUUCUUGGUUUUGAUCCUUUAGAUAAGGUUGUCAGAGAAGGUAAGAAACAAUACUAAAUGGGUGAUUUUUUGUGAUAUCUUACCUAGGAUGUUAUAGCUGUAUCAUAAGAUGUCAAGUUGUUGAGAAGACCAACAUAGCGAACAGUUAAGACAGUCUAGUUAGAGAUAAUGCUAGAUGUUUUUCAUCUUCAUUUACUUUUCUGCAGUUUUAGGUGCUGUAUAGUUCCAAUUAAAAUCACUUAGGAUGUUAUACACUCAAUAUUUUGUCAUCCAAAUUUCAAAGAAUCAAUAUGAAUCAGUCUUCAAGUUCCCUA